GUGGUCGCAGUGGGCUAGACGCCGGAGGACUUGGCCGGGCUGCCCGUGUGUCGACUAAGGAAUGGGCGUGGUCGCAGUGGGUAGACGCCGGAGGACUUGGCCGCGCUGCCCGUGUGUCGACGUAAGAGGUAACGCUAGCCCGUCAUUGGGAACGACGUAGCCGUUUGCACUUGGAGCUCGGAUGCAAAGGACACGUUGUCAACGGCGUUGUCCAUAGAGGCGACGCGAUAAUGGUGUCGAAAUGCGCGAACUCCAACGGCAUUACGUGCACGAGUGCGCGCGUGCCACGUUCGCAAUAUCCGGAUACGGUACCAGGUGACGGAAACGCCAGAACCGAAGAACCAUGAACACGAACGUGAAGCGGCUGCGGAAGGAACUCGCGGAGCUGCGGAAGCACCCGGAGGCCGACAUGGUGCUCUUCCCACUCGAGGAAUCGAUCGUCGAGUGGAAGGCCUUCAUCAAGGGCCCGGCGGAUACGCCGUUCGAAGGCCGCGUCUUCGAGCUCGCGAUCGCGACGACGCCCAUGUAUCCCAUGGAGCCGCCCAAGAUGAAGUUUGUCACCAAGAUCUUCCACCCGAACGUACACUUCCAGGACGGUAGCAUCUGCCUCGACAUUCUCAAGCGUGAAUGGUCACCGGCCUGGACUCUGCGCGCGGCCUGCCUCGCCGUGACGUCGCUCCUCUCGGACCCGGCGGCCGACUCGCCGCUCAACUGUGACGCCGGCAACAUGAUCCGCGCCGGCGACCUCAUGGCGUACAACGCAAUGGCCGCCAUGUACACGACCGAGUUCGGCCUGCCCUCGCUGCCAGCGUCGCCGCUCUAGUCCUGAUACUACGUCUCGCCCAUGACAAAUACGAGCUUAAUUUUCUUACAACUGAACUACUUGGGCACAUUCACUGAAGGCGGCGG